AGUUUAGCUUAUAUAUUGUCUAUGGCACAUUGUGCAAUCCUGUUGUAACUUGUAAAAUGUAAAUCACGAUAAUAGUACAGUUUUCAUGAAGUUUCGCGGUGGUGAUUAUAACAAGAAAUGCAGGCUCGUAUUCAGAAUGAAAAUUUAAAAAACAUAAAAAAUAUGAAAUGAAAUCUGAAUAUGACAGCUCGUCAACGAAUAUUUCGUGGCAUCAAAGCCUUUGCACAAGGAUUUUUCAUUGGAGUACCAGUAUAUUUAACAAUAACAGAUAAUUUAUUUACUGUAUGUCCCGUUGAAGGUGCUUCUAUGCAGCCGGUACUCAACCCUGGUCAUCAUACAAAGGAUGUUGUACUUAUAAACAGGUUAAAGGCGAAAAGAUUGGACAAGAUUGAACGAGGAAACAUUGUUUCAAUUGUAUCACCGAAAGAUCCUUCAACUGUGUUUAUUAAAAGGAUAAUUGCAUUGGAAGGUGAUAAAAUUAGGACGCUCAGUUUUAGAAAUCGAAUUGUCGAGAUCCCUAGAGGACAUUGUUGGAUCGAGGGUGAUAAUCAUAAAGUCAGCCUGGAUAGCAACUCGUUUGGAUUUGUACCCCUGGGUUUAGUCAAUGGGGUUGCAACAAGAACAGUCUGGCCACCGUCAAGAUGGGCAAAACUCACUAAACAAUUACCACUCGGUAGAAAUCCAUUUGAUAUAAGCGGUGGUGAUUGGGACGACGAUAACGAUUUAUGUCAAGUUACAAAUGACAGGUAUAUUAACGAGUGUCCAAAGACUGAAGUUAAUUCUAAUAAUGAGAUAACAAACUUACCACAAAACAUCAACAGAUGCACAGUAACAAAUUAAGCUCACAGCACAAAGAAUAAUAAUU